GACGACUGACGUCAGUGUGUGACGUCUCUGCCUCGCGUAGUAUGUGUCCUAAAUGUGCAUAAAUCUGUGUAGCUUUGCAAUGGAAAUGUUAAUUUCGUUGUGCAACUUGAAAUUUGUAUUCAAUAGUCUUCAUUUCUAAAGUUGAGAAUUCUGUGCGCAGCCCGUUUUGUGCAUUUUGUGCUCUUUUCGAAGCAUCUGGAUCGUUAGUCAAGCUUUUCCAAAAGCUGUAUAUAGUUUUUUCCUCUCUCUCUCUGGCCUGUCAGUAUUCUUCCUUUUUUCUUUGGAAAGGCAGUAGCAUUGUUUCGAAAGCUUUUUCCACGACAUGCCAAACUCCGCGAACCUCACACCACCAAAUCUGUGAUUUCGGCUAGCUCGUGCGCAGCGAACUUAGCAUUUCUGAAGAAUGGCUGCAGCGAACAGCGAGGCUGAGCACCUAAAGAGGGAAUACAUAUUCCUUUCUCGACUUAUCGAGAGCCAUACAUACAAUCAACAUGUGUCAAGUGCACAGCAUAAGCCAAACCAAGGGACAAAUAACCAUUACAAGGUGCAUAAGAACUAUCAAACACAGAGGUCGUGCAGAGGAAAGGCGUUCAAGAACUUAGUCUACAGACCCGUUGAUAAGGGUAGUUUCACACAAGCAGCCCAGACGAGCAACGGUGGAACUAACAUCUCGAGUUCACUCGAAAUCAUGCCAACCAAAGUGAAGAUGCAAAAACCUGCAGUAUCGCCUUUGCCCAAACCUGCUACUUCCAAAGCACGAAGAAGGUUGUCAUUAACUGUUGCCAAGAGCAGGUACAAGCUUCAAAAGGUUCACAGUGUAACAUCCACACCACCUCAGCAACAAACUUCAGUAUCACCAAAAGUCUUGCCAGCAAAGUCUCCUGAUCUCCUCAGCUGUUCACAUGCACUACUUAAACCUUCAAUUCGUGCAAGAUACAGCUAUCGCAAAAGCUCGGCAUCCCCUGUUGCUUCAGGACGGUCUGGAAGCCCUAUGAACAUGGCGUCCAAGUAUAAACUGGUUCUUAAUAGCACGAAGGCUCAUGCAUCUAAAUGCUCUGACACAAAUCUGACAUUUAUGGGUGCUAGACGUAUUGUGCGCAAGUACAAGGUAAACAACAUUAACCGUUCGCUGAGGCCAUCUCCUUUCAAGAAGUGUGAUGCAAACCGGUCCAGUAGCAUGAAGCAUAGGGAUUUCUGGCAAGCAUCCUACAGGAAGACUCAUUACUAUCGAGGGCAAAAAAGGCCCAGUGCGAGUUUCACAAGCACAGAGGUCAGUCCACGUUGGCCUCAUUUUAUCAACAUCGGCAACAUCACCUACAGAUCAUUUGAAACCAAACUUCUUCGAACUCACCGGCAAGCAUUAUCGAAGUACCAUCGCAAUAACAAAGGUUCACCAAAUAAAGCUAAAGUGCUUGUUGUGCGUGGGAUGACCUACUCCCUGGAUCCUUCUGGAAAGACUCUGCAGCGCAUUGCAGACUGUCCUGCAGUUCACAAAACUCCUCUGAAAAGAAUCGAUGUUGGUGGCAAGACUUACGUAGAGACUACACCAGGAAUGCUGUGCAAAACGCCCUCGUCAGAAACAAGAACGUUUCUGAGUCGUGCAAUAAACCGAAGCCUAAGCCAGGUACGCUGUGCGAAGCACCGAAAAUAUGAUUCGAGAGCCUCUAGAUACUGCAUGUUCUUCAAUCGAUUUGGACGUUGUAACAAAGGAGACAAAUGCACUUACAUUCAUGACCCAGACAAAGUCGCUGUCUGUACACGGUUUCUUAGGGGCACAUGCCGUGUAUCCAAGUGCCCUUUCUCGCAUCGUGUUUCUCCAGAUAAAAUGCCAGUGUGUUCGUUCUUCUUGCGUGGCUGUUGCACGAUGGACCCAUGCCCAUACCGCCACGUGAAGGUCAACACUAAUGCAGAGAUUUGCAUAGAUUUUGUCCGUGGCUACUGCUCUCAAGGAGUUAAGUGCAAGAAACAGCAUGUCCUAAUCUGUCCUGAGUUUGCUGCAACUAAUCAGUGCUCAAAGGGAAAGCUUUGUCGUCUGACACACCGCAAGCGUAGGAGGCCAGAAACAGGAACAUCGUUAGAAUCUGCCACAAAUGGGACCGCACAGAACACGUCCUGCACCCCUGCAAAACACACAAAAAAAGAACCAGGUAGGGAUCCAGCAGAGGCACCAACACGAGGGAAGCUAGUAAGGCAACCCCAGUACAUCUCGCUCACAGCCUCCAGGUUGCCUCAGGCCACAAAUACUUCACCGGACCAAAAAACAGAGUCCUCAUCUUUCAAGCGUAGUGGUGUUCGGAUACGUCCCAGCUUUCUCCCUUGAAUUAACAGUGGUGAGAUGACUUGGUCCUAUGGUAAGAUGAGAUAAAGCAAAGUUUUCUUAAAAAAGGAAAUGUGAGGUUUCUAUUUUUGUAACUUUCUGCAUAGACUUUCUGCCUACUGUUGUGUGCUGUGAUAUCGUUCUGCCUGCAUAGGCGAGACCAUAUUCUGGUUACAAGGGUGUCCUUCUUGCAGCGUGGCCCUUUUGUACAGAGAAAAUAUUAAAAUAAAAGACAUUUGAAGAUAAAAA